AUGUCUUCAAAUCUUUUCUCGUUUGGAAUCGUCUUUAGCACAUCAGAUAUGGCAGUUUUUCAAUUAAUUGACACAAGUUCAUCGUCAUUUGUUCGAUUUCAUAGUUUCAUCUUAAUUAUCCUUUUAUUUCUUUGUUUAAUUUCACAUUCCUAUUCAUCGUCCAUUUCACCUGUUGCCACCGAUCGCGACACAUUCAAUUGGAAUAAGCGUUUAUAUGCGGAAAAUUAUCGUCCGGAUAGUCUUACAUUUCAGCCAUCAUCGCCAUUUUUUUACGGUUUCAACUCAAAUCAGUAUCCCGCAGCGUCGAAAAGUCGUUUGACGAGUCUUAUGUUAAGAGCAGCUCUACUGCAAGGUAAUUAUCGACACUAUCGUCAACACCGAGAACAUGCUGACAAUCGAAGAUAUGUACCGCAAGGUUUUCAUGCAAUGCGAGUUAAACCGGCAAAUAUUGUCCUCACCCUCAAGUUGAUUUGCCAAAAAACCAGAUCUCCCCGUUGA